GAGCAAUACCGACAACAUGAACGCUAUAUUCCUGAUAAAGUUGCUACUCUACGCUACAAAGGACCAAAACGUCCUUAGGUCUCCUCAUGCACUGUUGCAGGCCGUUUACGAUCUUCGAAUAGCAUCAACUCAACAGUACCUUGACUGGGUUAGUCAGCAACCAAAUUUACAACAAUUUGUAAUUCCAGAUUUGGAUGUUAAUGACCGGAAGUACGAUGAUCUUUCGGUGAUAAACGUUGGCGUGAACUAUGCCUAUGGAAGCGUCGAUCAGACGUUGUGGGGCUCGGCCAUACAUUGGAUUAAUAUUUACAGCAAGUAUGACGUGGACUACAUCGUGACCUUGGUCAAUCAAAAGUUCAACGAGCUUUCAAAUGGUGAAAUCGCUCAGUUUAUGAACACCACUCAGUAUGACUGGUACUGGUACAUUUCUCUGUUCAGUAUGGUGACAUUUAAGCCUGCAUGGAAGUAUGGUUUAACAGGGUUUUUCAAAAUGGGAUUUCACGUAAACGAGGACUUGGAGCUGACAACAACAUUCAUGGAAAGAACAGGUUUGAGACUUAACUAUGGAAAGAUAGAGGAUUUUGAGGCUGUAGAAUUGCCCUUAAAGAAUCCUGACUACAAUGUUCUAAUUCUCUUACCGAUGCGGGGGAAAAAUAUUGACCAUUAUGUAAGAGGGAUGGACACAAAUCGGCUUCUCCUGAUCUAUAGCCAAAUGGAACAAACCAACAUCAGCGUGAGGAUUCCGAGGAACACCUUCGAAGAUUGGCACUAUGCAAAAAAUAUAUUUCUUCAAAGUAACUUGCCUAAACCUUUCAGCGAAUCGAUUUUCCAACCGGUGAAAGAUCAAACUGCUCGUCCGCUCAAUGAAAUAGUCCAGAGACUGAAGGUUGUUUUCGAUACCAAAGUUGAAUCUGACGAUCAAGGCUUGACUGAAACGAAGAAACCAAUUUUAUUCACUGCGAACAGACCUUUCUGGUUUCUUUUAGUGGACCGCCAACUGAAUAUAACCUUGCUAAUCGGUCAAAUCAUCAAACCUGGAAAGAAAAUUGUUUAAAAAAUUAUAAUUAUAAUUAGAAUUCAACAUGAUUUUGAUAAUCACUGUGGGAAAACCAUAAUUUAGUAGUUUGAGACUUACCAAGCGAUAAUACUUCCGAAAUCCGUUUUAA